AUGGGGUCUUUUCUGAAGCUCAAGUCCCGGAAGGAUCCGGCUUCUUCCACGCCUGCUGCCACCGGCGCAUCUCCGCCCAAAAAGGAAGUUCAACCGCCGCCGAUGACCCCGCUGGAGAAGAUGCUGCAGGACUCUAGUGCGAUCCGGGAAGAUGGCAGCGAUAAGUUUUUUGGGAUGGAAAAUUAUGGGAAUACUUGCUACUGCAACUCAAUAUUACAAUGUCUCUACUAUUCGGUGCCCUUCCGGGAGGCCGUGAUUAACUACCCGACCCGAACCCCCAUCGAGAGCCUCCAAGCCGCAUUGGCCGGGAAUCUUCGUUUCCAGGAUGCGAUCGCUAACAUGGAAGCCGAGGCGCAAGCGGAGAAGCAGAAGGCCGCCAACGCCCAGCGCCCCGGCGCGCCUCCCGCCCAGCCCUCCAAGCCCGAGGACAAGGACUCGCCUGAGUACAAAAAAAAGAUGGCCUUGCAGACCAUGCCCAUCUUAGAAACCAAAAACAACGCUACCAGCUACGGGAUGUCGGAGUCACUGUUUACAUCACUGAAGGAUAUCUUUGAGUCGGUGGUCGGGAGUCAGUCUCGCAUCGGGAUCAUCAAGCCCCAACGCUUCUUGGAUAUACUGCGACGGGAGAACGAGAUGUUCCGGACUGCCAUGCAUCAGGAUGCGCACGAGUUCCUGAAUCUACUACUGAACGAAGUCGUGGCCAAUGUGGAGACGGAAGCCUCCAAGCAACCCUUGCCCGACAGGAGUCUCCUUCCGCCGACAGAGAGUGUGGACUCGAUCGAACAAUCGGGGAGCUCCGGGUCGAAAACCCCCAACACCACUCGAUGGGUACAUGAAUUGUUCGAGGGGACCUUGACCUCGGAGACCCAGUGUCUGACCUGCGAGAAGGUUUCUCAGCGGGACGAGAUCUUCCUGGAUCUGUCGGUGGACCUGGAGCAGCAUUCGUCCGUCACGUCGUGUCUGCGGAAGUUUUCCGCGGAAGAGAUGCUCUGUGAACGGAACAAAUUCCACUGCGACAAUUGUGGAGGUCUUCAGGAGGCCGAGAAGCGGAUGAAGAUCAAGCGUCUACCCCGAAUUCUGGCCUUGCACCUAAAACGCUUCAAAUACACCGAGGAUCAGCAGCGGUUGCAGAAGCUGUUCCACCGGGUAGUCUACCCCUACCACCUGCGCCUCUUCAACACGACGGACGACGCCGAGGACCCGGACCGACUCUACGAGCUGUACGCGGUGGUGGUGCACAUCGGCGGUGGGCCGUACCACGGCCACUACGUCGCCAUCAUCAAAACGCAGGAUCGAGGGUGGCUGCUGUUUGACGAUGAGAUGGUCGAGCCGGUGGACAAAAACUUUGUCCGCAAUUUCUUUGGCGAUAAGCCGGGCCUGGCCUGUGCCUACGUGCUGUUCUAUCAGGAGACUACCUUGGAGGCCGUUCUCAAGGAGCAAGAAAUGGAGAAUAUGCAGUCGGCCGCCGGUGCAGCCGCCGCCGACUCGACAAAACAGAACGGGUUUCCCCAGUCACCGGGCCUGGCUCAUGUCCACAGUGAAUCGGCAAUCCACUCGCAGGACGAACCCAUCCGACCCACAGGCUUGAGUCGGGCACCCUCCGCCCCUCCAUUGUCCACCCACCCCGAACACGUCGAGCUGGAGAAGGAGAAGUCGCCCACUAAAUCCCAGACACGGUUCUCGUCCUCCACCCCCGCGCCACCCGUUCCCCCCAUCCCGGAGAGCCAUGCGUUUACUUUAGGAACCAAGAAGAGCGAUCUCCAGACGAAAAAGGAGCGGGCCAAAGAAGAAAAGGAACGGCGGAUAGCCGAAAAGGAGCGAGAGAAGCAACGCCGCAAGGAGCACGAGGCGAGAUCCCGGGAACAGGAAGCAAAAGCGCGGGAAGACCACCGACGCGAGGAAGCGCAAAUGAAAGCCGCCAUGGAAGAAAGCCGACACUCCAAAGCGGAAGAGGACCGGCGAAAUCCCGACCACGGCAAAUCCGGCGGCCUCAGUCGCCUCAGGCGUGGCGUCAGCCACCGACUAGGCAACCACAAGGAGAAUCAGCGAAGCUCGACAGCUGGGGCCGUCAUCAGCGAGAAUCCAUCAUCGCCUAGCAACGGGAUCCCCGAGCCGUCUCCGCCUCCCCAGAAAUCACCGGCGUCGCCCAGUGAGCCCCAUCGCUCGAAGCUCCAGUCCAAGAAAAACACCAGCCACGAAGAGGACCGGGAUGGCCUUAAGAACAACAAGGACCUCAAACACGCACCCCGCAGCCAUGGCAAAUGGAGGAGCUUCAGUCUUCGCAAGAAGUCCUUCAGCGCUCUUUCAUGA